CAGCCCAGACCACAAGAAAAUGUCCUGUUUUGAGUACACGACACAAAAAGAUGUUCGAAUAAGAAGCAUUCCUCUCGGCAUUCUAAAAUAUUUCAUUUCUUUGUCUGUAUUUGUAUACAUGUGUUGUAUUCUGAUUACUGAAAAGGGCUACCAAGAAAAAGACUCUGUAAUCAGUUCAGUUCACACAAAGGUUAAGGGCGUUUUAGAUGCUGAAAACAGGAUCUGGGAUACCGCAGAGUAUACGAUACCAUCACUCGGCACUAAUUCAUUCUUUGUUCUAACCAACAUAGUAAAAACUGAAAAUCAGGCACAGGGCUUCUGCCCAGAGUUUCCGAACAGAAAAACUAUUUGCUCACGAGACGAUAUUUGCAAAAAAGGCUACGCUGACCCACAAAGUAACGGAAUACAAACUGGGCGAUGUGUACAAUAUAACUCUUCUUACAAAACCUGUGAAAUCCGUGCCUGGUGUCCUGUGGAGUCCAAGAAUACACCCGAUCCUGCUGUUCUGGGAAGUGCUGAGAAUUUGACUGUUUUGAUAAAGAACACCAUUCACUUUGCUGAAUUCAAUUAUACGACAAAGAACAUCCUACCAGAAUACAAUGUUUCUUGCAUCUACCACAGAAUCAAAGCCCCCCAUUGUCCCAUCUUCAGAUUAGGAGACGUUUUCAAGGAGGCUGGAGAAAGCUUUUCUCAAGUAGCUGUCCUGGGUGGUAUAAUGGGCAUUGAAAUCAACUGGAACUGUGAUCUUGAUUUCUGGGCAUUUAGUUGUCGACCUCACUACAGUUUUCGGCGGUUGGAUGAUAAAGUUGUUGAUGAGCGUUUGUAUCCCGGUUUAAACUUCAGGUUUGCCAGAUACUACCAAUCUCCAAACAGAGGUGAACAAAGGACAUUAAUAAAGGCCACCGGAAUACGAUUUGACAUUCAAGUCUAUGGCACUGGAGGCCAGUUCAGAUGGUUUCGGCUGAUAAUAUUCAUCGGUUCUUAUUUGUCUUACUUUGGGUUGGCCACGGUAUUAAUUGACGUUCUCAUCGGUCUAUAUUGUGAAAGCUGUUGUGAUCCAAAAUCUUCCCAGAAGUUUUAUGAUGAUCUGAAAUACGAAAAGGUCACUGGGCCCUCUAUUUUAACGUCAUGCCAGAAACUCAGGUUUGUUUCAUUUGUGGAUCACGAUGAGAUUAUCAUGGUGGAUAAAGCAUUGAAUAGAAGUUUGCAGAAGACCAGAGGCCGACAUAUCAAGAGAGAAGCAUUUGCAAACAUCACUGAGACCAUACCACAAAACUAUUCUGAAACCACCACAGCCAGUGAAGCAGAAGCACAGCCACUUACCAAAGGAAACCUUGACCAAACCAUUCUACGUCCUCCUUGGUGCCAGUGUUCAAAAUGCUCCAAAAUGAAGGCAUUUGAAGAUCAGCUUUGUUGCAGGUUGGAGGAUGGAGAAUGUAUAACAAGAUCCGAUAUGUUUAAAAGGCUGGUUUUGUCCAGAGAAACCUUGCUAUAUGUUCUCCAGUACAGUAAUCCUCUUUUAAAAGCCAGUUCCGUAAGCAACACAGAAUUACUUGACUGUGCAAAGAAACAGUACAUUCGGUGGCGUUUUGCGUCUAAUAAGGUGGUAUUGGACUUUGCUGUUAUACCAAACUGCUGUAAGCAUGAAAUAGAAAGGGUAUUUAAACAUGAUUUUGCUGAAACAUCUUUCCAUGAUGUAGGUGCAUCUUCCUCCUCAUCAACCUACCACUCCUCAAAAUAAACAUCUGGUCACAUUUCAUAA